ACAAUUUUUAUACUCCAACCAUAUUGCGCAAUGUUACAAUCGUUAAACAUGUUUGCUUCAAUUUAACGUAAUUAUAUGGACACGUUGACGUUUUCUUUGGGGAAGACAUUUCGGAGUAAGACAAUGUAUAAGCUUUGAUCGCACAUACAAAUCGUAGGAAAAGCGUAUGUGAUAGCGUAACUACGGAUGCGAGCUUCCCUGAUCGACCCAUCAGACGCGCGUAGCAACGUAUUCCGAUGCAGUCUCAAGGUAACGAACAGACGGAACGCGAUUUAUUCAGCGCACAUUGCGCUACAGUAUUCGUACGACUGUAACAGGGUGUUUUACACGUCGGUUUUUAAAGAGCGAUCUAUUAUCCUAAUCGAAAUGCCCGGGAUCGCGAGCGCAACCGGUCUCCUCUCCGCGCGAAUUCGACCGAUUCGCAGACCGAAGCCCAAGAACGUGGAAUUAUCGGGCUGCACCAAAGCGGCACCAUUCGUCCUUCGACCGUUUGCCGGCCUCUUUAAUCCUUAUCCUUAUGGUUGCUCGGUGCUGUGCAAUCAUCCAGCGGAUUGCGAGGCGAAGGAGGUGGUUCGACGUGCUAAGGACACAUGGGCUACCGAGGGAAAAGCUAUUUUGCUGCCGGAGGAGAUGGAGAUGAUACGGACGAGUCUGUUGGCGGUGGGCGCGGGCGGGUGCAGAGGCGAAGUGGUGGCUGGAAAUGUCGGAGGUGACGGCGGUGAUGGUUACAACGCCGAGAUGACCGCUUCGGCGGUGCCCGAGGAGCUCUUCCGGAAAUACACGGAAACCGAUUCGCGACCUUUGACCCCGGCGCCCACGCUCGCCAGCGGUCCGACCGCAUUAACCAGCCACGCGAUCCAGGAGGACCUACCGGUGACCUGUAAUCCGCGCGAGCGCACCACCCUGGUCUUGGAUCUUCGAACCAACUCUCAGACCCAGCAGGUGGAAAAUGAAACCUUUAGCUGGCACGCUCUUACGCUCGAGCUACCGCCGAUGCCUCGGAAAAGCGAGAUAUUUGUCUGCAAGCCGGUCUCGAGAUCGCAACAAAUAGCAACGGCACCAGCACCGCCUCCUCCGUCACCUCCCUCGCCCAUCACUGAAAGAUGUGAAACGAGCUCGUCCAAGAAUGUGGAGGAAGAAGCCGAUAGCGGCAGCGAGCAACCGGUGAUUAUUCGAAGACGGGGAAAGCGAUUACGUAAAAGAAAGUGUAGGAGGGGCUCGACUUACGGCCAACAAACGGAAGUCCGCGAUCCGCUCGAGCCCACGGUAACGCAAGUCUCGCAGGUCGAAGAAGGAUCCCGGAGGCCAUCGGUUCACGUUGAUGUCGAGAAUGUUGACGACUCGACAUCUUCUAAGAAGACGCCCGUACAAACAAUGAGUCACACGAUGCCUCCAAGUUUUCUCUCACCUGAUAUUCUGAAGCACCUAUGUCGAGAGUUAGAUCGCGACAAGGUGGAGGCGGAAUUCUCAAUUAAGAGACGAAUCGCGUUAGAAGAAGCGUUGCGGGUAAAAGGCGAUGCUUACUCAACUCUACGUGGAUCUCGUCAAACUAGUUCCAGCCUGUUGAUGCAAAACGCUCCCAGAGUAUUUACUCGUCAAGCAGUGCGAUUCGAAUUACUCGACAGUCAAAGUCUUUGUGGAUUAACGCCGCUUCGAUACCUCAGUAAGCACGUGCACGUCACGUCGGGGAGGAAACUGAUAUUCGGUCGAAUAUUUAACAGAUUUAACGAGGAGGCGUUGCACAGCGUGCGACGCAUUUCGUCGAGCAGCGUCGAGGAAGCUCUUCAAGAAGUGAUCGGGAAGGCGUUGACGGACGAGCAGCGAUCCUAUCUUAGGUCUGUGAUAGGAGAGAUAACAGACUCGUUGGACUUUAGGGAGUGGUGCGGUUUGUGCGCCGCUGUCGAGAGGCUGCUCUGUCCUCUGCCGUCGAGAACAAGCGAUCCACCAGCCUGGCUCGAAAAGGCAGACUUCGAAGCUCUGGAACGAAGACUCAAGUCAGCCGAAUCGGUGGAUACUACGUUGACAUUGUUAUUGAAGGAGAUUCGUGACAGAUAAAAUAUAUGACGUGUGUUUCUCUUA